CAGGAUUUAAAACAUCUCCCACCGUCCGAACUCCGACAUUUGUUCCCUCUCAAGACAUCCUUCCUUCACCAAAUCUAUUCGCCCAGGAUUUAAAACAUAUCCCACUGUCCGAACUCCUAUCCUUGUCCCUCAAGACACCUUCCUUCACCAAUUCUCUCUCUCUCUCUCGCUCUCUCUCUUAGUCGAAGCUUUUGGGAGGGGAGAAGGGGAGAGCAAAGAUGAGCACCGGCACGAGCACCUUUGUUGUCAGGUGGAUCAACUUUUUCACCAUGAUAUUAGCAAUAGCGGUUAUUUGUUUUGGGAUAUGGAUGAGUAUCCACCAUGAUGCAUGCCGAAAGACCUUAACGCUCCCUGUCGUGGGUAUUGGCGCUUUAAUCCUUCUAAUAUCCUUGAUUGGGUUCCUUGGAGCUUGGAAGAACGUCACCAUACUGCUGUGGGUGUAUCUUGUGAUUUUGUGCUUGAUUUUGGUGGCAAUUAUGGUGUUCACUGUGUUGGCGUACAAAGAGUAUCAUCUUCAAGAUUAUAGUUCUUGGUUCUUAAAACAGCUUAACAAUACUAAAAACUGGAGACGCUUAAAGAGUUGCCUUGUGAAAACCGAGGACUGCAAUAAUUUGCCAAAAAAAUACAAGACUCUGAAAGAGUAUAAGUUGGCAGAACUUACCCCGAUUGAGGCUGGUUGUUGUCGGCCACCAUCAGAGUAGGUGCCUUACUUUUUCUUGAUCAGAUUGCCAUUUGGUGUUGAAGUUACUUUAUUGUUUUAUUAUAGCGUACAUAGAAUUUGAAGCCUUUUUAACAUUGUGUGCGUGCUCAUGACUAACCAUCAUAUUGUGAAUUGAUACGCAUGCAUUCUUUUUCAUUUUUUGGGCAAAAUAUUCUUGCAUUCAGUUGUAGAUGAUAGAAUACAUGCAUGCAUCUUCUACACCAAAUACUGGCAUAUAUAUUUGGUUAUUGUUUGUGUAAAAAUUGAUUUUUUGUUAUAAUUUAUUGGGCUUGUGGGCCGGCCCGGAGCGGCCAGGCCCGAUUUGAGCUGCCUCACUCACCAAACCCGUUCGUGGGCCGGCCCAGAGUGGCCAGG